CCUCUCAUCUCAUCUCAUUCAUUUACUCAACAUCGUCGUACUCCUCGGCUUCCAGACUCGCUCCACUUCCAAUCUCUCCUUCAUAUCCCUGGACUCUGGCCCCGCUCCACCAGACGCCACCAAUCGAUCCCUCGCUCGCUUCUUGUUUAUACACGCAUCGUCUUGCCCGUACGCUGUCCGUGUCCGGGACAGUUGUGGCGGCGACGACCUCGCCGUACUUUUCACUCGAUACUCCGACCCUCGUCACUCGGGUACUGCAGCCAGAAUCACGCCCGCGUGCUUCCCAGCCGUGAUUGCCCGUGCACAGGCCAACUGAAACACUCAUUGAAACCGUCCUUCAAUCCAACGCGCCCAGCAACACGCCCUCUUUUCCUUCCGAGAUCCUCCUCCCCUCACUCGACAUGGCGCGCCUUGCAUACAUUGCGGCGCUUGUCGCGGCCAUCUCGCCCGCUGCCGCCUUGCAGCUUGCGGACGUCGUUGCAACAUACGGACUGACCGAAUCAUACAACUUUACAUUCCCCACACAAGCCCUGUCCGGCAGCGAGGCUGACAAUUGGAUUCUGGACAAGUGGUCGAUCAACAGCCAACACGGCAUCAGCUUUGGCAAGGAGGACAUUGCGUUCGUCGCCGAUCCGUCAGCCCCAUUGACGCGUCGAGAUGCGGAUGCACCCGAUCUCGAAGGGCGCGCAGACGUCCUUGCCGCCAAGGACAACACACCCGUCCUCCGCAUCGAGUAUCCCAAAGGCUCCUACUCGGCCGGAACAGGAGGAACGCAGUUCUACGCACAGCCACUGAACGCGACGUCCCAGUCCCAGAACAUCUUCCCCAACACGACUUCCAAUGGGCAGUUCGAGCGUAUGCUCCUCUCGUACGACGUCUACUUUGACGACUUCUUCGUGUUCAACAAAGGCGGAAAGCUGCCGGGCUUGCGCGGCGGGCCGGACCCCAUCGGCUGCUCGGGCGGGCACCAGGCCGUUCAGUUCAAGUGCUUCUCCUCGCGGCUGAUGUGGCGCGACGGCGCCCUCGGCGAGGUGUAUGCAUACAUCCCGACCUCGCAGAAGAACUUUUGCUCGACUCUCGACGUUGUGUGCAACAACGAUUUUGGCACGUCGCUCGGCCGCGGCAAGUACUCGUUCCAAACGGGCAGAUGGCAGACUGUGUGGCUGUACGUCGCGCUCAACAGAGCGGAUAUCGCCAACGGCGUCGUGGCGUUCUACUACAACGGCACCAAGGCGUUCGAGUUCAAGAACCUCGAGAUCCGCAACUCGGACACGGUCGAGAGCAUCGGCGGCGUCUACUUCUCCACCUUCUUUGGCGGGUACGACAGCACAUGGGCGUCGCCCGUGCAGCAGUUCUCGUACUUCCGCAACAUGCAGCUGUACGCGGGUCUCGGUGCCGCCAACGGCACGGGCAACCGCAUUUCGGCCGCGACGGUCGCGCAGCCAUCCAUUCUCCUUUCCGCCGUCUUGGCAAGUAUGGCCAUCGCGCUCGCCGGCGGCGCGAUGCUUUGAUCUUGGUGAUAGAUGGAUAGAUUCGAACCUUGUAGCUUUGCUGGGCUGGUGUGACAAUGCAUAUGACUUUCGUUCGAGACGGGG